AUCCCUAUAUAAUCAUUCGCAGUUCACUUCCAAGAAUUAUCCGCAUUAUUUAACAGGAAGGGUGUUUCACAGUUCGGGAUUACCGAUAUGAAUUGUUGUCACGAGGUCACAAAUGAAGACGGCCAGGGAAAGAGCUGGUCAGACUGUCAGCUCUAAAUCCUGGUUUGAGUCUGCUGGUGAGGGCACUGCUGGUCAGGCCCCAGAUGUGAGGUUGAUUCUGCACCGGGGUUUUUACUUGAUCCCUGGUGUCAACUCUCCUGUGGUGGUGGACCAAAUCCAGAACUGGGAAAUUCGAGAUUCGGACAUCUUUCUCAUCACAUACCCUAAAUCAGGAACCAUAUGGAUGCAGCAGAUCAUCAUCCUGAUUGAGGCGAAGGGCAACGCCAUGGCAACUGCAGGGAAGCCGAACUGUGAGCGCAUGCCCUGGAUCGAGGUGAAGGGAAGUGAGGAGACGUUUCUACAGGCUCCCCUAUCUUCUCCCCGCCUGAGCGUGACACACCUCCCGUACAGGCUCCUCCCAGUCGGCCUCAGACAGAAGAAAGCCAAGAUCAUUUAUGUGGCGAGAAAUCCGAAAGACGCCCUGGUGUCAUAUUACCACUUCCACCACUUUGCAGCAGUACUGGAGACUCCUAAGGACUUCAAUGACUUCUUUGAAAAGUUCAUGGAUGGCAGAGUGUAUGGUAACACUUGGUUUGAGCACAUUAAGGCCUAUUACUCACACAAGGACGAGAUGAACAUCCUGUAUGUCACAUACGAGGACAUGAUUCAGGAUCUGCGGUCCGUGGUGGAGAAGGUGUGUUCUUUCUUGGACAGGGAACUCACCGACAGUCAGAUGGCCAGCGUGGUGGAACACGCAAGAUUCAACAACAUGGUGCGGAACCCGUCCGCUAACUACAGACAAGUAUCUGCUACACUCCUCAACCAGCAGAGGGGAUCAUUCAUGAGGAAAGGGACUGUUGGUGAUUGGAAAAAUCUAUUCAGUGUUGCCCAGAGUGAACGAUUUGAUAAGGUGUUUCAGGAGGAGAUGACGGACGUACCCCUCUCAUUCAAAUGGGAUCUGAAAGAGGUCUCGCCCUCAGGCUAACUUGUGUACCCGACCCGUGUGACAAUGACGCAUAG